CACCCAGCAGCCGAUGUUGUCCGUCCUGCUAUCCCGCAUUGAUGGCGAAGCACUGCAGCGGCAUCCGCACCAUCUCGCCGCCCACAUCGGCCAUUCCGCCCACCACCUCCCUGUUGCUGCUGGCCUCGUACACUCCCGACCAAACGAAGUGCUCGACAGCCGCACGCACACGCCGGGCCAUGGCGGAGUGCCGCAAGCCGAUGGCCUCAGUGAUGGUCUGGGUGGCGGCCGCCAUGUCGAAGAGGUACGAUGCGAGGCGCCAGGCGAAGAUGGGGGCCUCCUGCGGGCCGACGGCCAGCCGGGGGGCGAGCAAGGCCGCGAGCGACCGCUGAGGGGCGAGGACGGCGUUGAUGGCACCCAUGACGUCAUCCGGCAGAUUGUUGAGCACUGUCGCAUACUCGGACAGAACCAGCUGCUGGCGACGACGGUGAUGUUGGUCGGUGGCUGUGGGCAUGAGGCCGAUGUCGGCGCCCGCCUGGAGCAGCACGGGGAUGGUGUUCUGGAGGCUGGGGAUCUGGAUGGUGAGCCGGUCCCUCUCGGCCUGUUCCGUGUUGUUGUCCUGCAGCUGCUGUGUGUCGUCAUCGAGCCGUAUGGCAGCGACGGUGAGGGGUGUGCUGGUGGAGGCAUUUGGCAGCCCUCUGCUGAUGUCGGCAGCGGCGAGGCGGCGGCAGAGAGACGCAGCCACACGGUGGGAGCCGCAGUGCGCCACGUAGUGCAAUGGCGUCAGCCUAUCGCUGCUCACGGCCGUGAUGUCCGCCCCAUUGGCCACCAGUAGGUCGAUGUAGCUCUCGAUGAAGUGCUGGGACCAGACAGGAGACGUCAUGGCCGCCCAAUGCACCAGGUUGGUGCCAUUCGGGCCCCGCUCGGUUGCGAGUGUGCUGUCACGCUGGACGAGCUCCCGGUAGAAGGACAGCAGGAUGGCCUCGUGGGCCUCAGUCGGCUGAUCCGUCGGCAAUGUGAACGGCAGCAGCAUCACCCGACGCCCCCGCAGCUGGAUGCCUGGAACAGACAGACAGACAGACAGACGUUUCGACGUCCAUCGUGUUGUGUGUUACGUGUCGUGAGUGCUGUGAAUGGGUGUGCACCUGGCUGGCCCAUCAGGAGGUCAAAGGCCUCCCGGUUGCACGAGGCGAUGGCCACUCGGAUGGGUCUAGCCACUCCCGCACCCCUGUUGAUGUCCGCCCCUCUCUGGAUCAGGCUUCGCAUGACGGCGAGCUGGAGGCCGGGCGUCUCCCACGUGGGCAUGGCGACGGGAGAGUAGUCACCGCCGUCGCCUGCCCAGAUGGACGGCAGACUGUUGUCAGUGAGGUUGUCGAUGCACAGCGACAGCCGCGGAUAAAGUACACAGCCGCCCGUAGUGCCCGCCACCCGCAGCCAUGCCUCCACAUUGAGGUCGGCUCCCUGCUCCUGAAUCAGCUGCGUCACCUGCUGUUCGCCAGCGAUGGUGCGGCGAAUGAUGGCCGCGGACAGCCGUCUGCUGGCGUCACUGGUGCCACGGGGGAGGCAGACGUCUAUGCCGUUCUCCAAGCUCUUCCAGCCCGGUGGUAACGGCACACCUGUUGCCGGACAGACAAUCAGACAAGAUUGUUAACGAUGAGUGAAGGGCGAUUCUGAUUUGUGUGUCGGUGUGUCUGUCGGCGUCUACCUCUGUUCUGUCGUGUCCGGCUCUGCCCGCUGCGCUGCUGCCCACCAACACAACAACCAACACUGCCAACACCUCCACCUGCACCCAAGCCAAAAGAGGACAGUGAGGCACACACCGACGGCGGGUGCUCCUCGUGUGUGUUGCAUUAUUGUUACCCACCGCUAUCAGCAGCGCUGCGAUCUGGUCCGUCUGGGUGUGCGCUGCCGCCACCGGUGGUCUCCUCCUCGACUACAUCGUCUGCAAAGGAACACGCACAUCCACACACACGACGCUUGGCGAUGAUACGCUGUGUCUGUGAUGUGGUGCAUCUGUCUGACUUGAGUGUACCUUCAUCGCCAUCGCCACCGUCCGCCGGGCCAGCGGAGGCCAUGUCGGUGUCGGGACGACCAGACAUCACUCACACCCACACAGAGCUGCACCAUGAAGCAACAGACAGACACAGAUGGGCGGCCACCUUGUGUGUGUUGUGCGCAUCAGUGCUGUGCUUGCCUAUCAAAGGUAUCAGUUGACAGCCAGCCCUACACACACGGUCUCACUCAACCAACCAGUCCGCCCGUCGGCAAGGCAGACCUGAAGACCAACAACACACCUGCGACACACACAGGCACACAGACAGCAAACAGCUCACCGUGGUGUGCUUGUGAGUGAGCCAAUCGCCGCAUCUUCUCGCUCACCAUCGAACGAGAAGCCGCUACGUGGCGAUAGCGUUAAAAUAGCGAUGGUCCGCCGGCAGGAGGGCGUUGGACGAACACAGACGGAUACGGCCGAGCGAUGGACAGAUGGACUCGUCCGCUCGGCAGGUCCUCACUGUCCUCGCUGGCUCACCAAGAGGACCUCUCAAGCGCGAAUCGUGACUUCUCC